AUGCCCAAGGGUGUGAUGCUGCUGGUACCUUCACAAGAGUGCGUCACCGUCACAGAACAGAGUCAGUCGCCAAGCGACUUUGGCCGGCGCCGUUGUCUCUACUACCGACUGAUGGCUGCCUGCUGCAAGCUGCAGGUGGCAGAACACAGUUUUCUGAAGUCUGUGUGCAAUCGGUACCUCCACAAGGGUGUGGCGCCGUAA